AUGGCUCCCCGACGCGGUGCAUCUGGAGAGAUGACAGGCCCUACAGAACCCUCACCAGAGGUUAUAUAUCCCAUCGUCGAUUAUAGCAACAGUCCGCGCGCCAUGAUGGAGGCUCCAGUAGCGAUCAACUGUCUCUAUCUGGUUGGGCUCCUUAGUUCCGCAUUCAUAUUCUACAGGUAUACCAACCGCGAUAUACGGAAAGGCCUACUCGCUCAGCUUCCAUUCGCGUUUAUUUUCCUCUCCUCCUCCACAAUCUUCAACAUCAUAACCGGUACACUUUUCCUCGCUGAGGAUUUGAGCGUCCGUCAGACAUAUAACAUAAUGCGGGGCUUCUUCACGAUGUGCUACUAUCUUGGAAAGUUGUGCUUGCUGGAGUCUGUAUUUUCAAUCCUGCAUAACCGCCUCUGCGCCCUCAGUCCCGGAAGAACACCGAGGCUCGCAUUGCUUAUGAUAUAUCUGGAUCGCUUUUUCGUGACGGUGAUGUUUGCGAUUGUCAUCACGAUAAUGGGGUUCAAUAUCAAGUACACCAUGGAUUCAAAUGAUAUGUAUCGUGGAAGAAACGGCGUCACGUGGGAGAACUCCGUGGGCCGCUAUCAGAUACACUGGGAUAGGGUCGUUUUUGUGUAUGACUUUAUGCUGCUUAUAUGUGGUCUUCAUUUCUCGAAUUUCUCAUCACACCUGCUACGCCGGGCAGAUAAGCUGAAUCAAGACAAAAGGGAAAUCAAGAUACUGCUGGCCCUUAUUUCAACAGCGAUAAUCGUCAACGGCAUGUUUUUUGUUCUUGUCGAUUUGAUGUCCCUCAGGGAUAUCGUAUAUCCCUGGGCGCGCAUCAAUGUUGCACAAACCGUUAUUGAUACUAUUACCAUGCACAGUGCUAUUGCUGGUGUUUUGUGGGUUGCGAUGAGGCGGGAGGAUUGGGUUCCUGGCAUCACGGGGAGCGGAACAGCGCCGCAUUUAAGAGAUAUCAUUAGGGAUCGAAGAAGACUACAGGGAUACUAG